AUGGACCCUUCUACCAGCUCUCCAUCCCCAAAGGGAGCUCUGUAUAAAGUGAAUCAACAGCGGAACUAUGGAGCAAUCUCAAAUCCCUCAAGCCUAUCAAAGGAUUCGAAUUCGAUGAGCAGCGAGUCGAGCAAGUCGAAGGUGCCGUCCAUCGAAGAAACGGUCAUCCCGGUCGGAGCGUUGCCACUUCCACCGGCGGACCAAGAUGCGAGGCGAGGGCUGCAGCGGGGAUUGUCUGCGAGACAGGUGCAGAUGAUAGCCAUUGCUGGGACUAUCGGAACUGGCUUGUUCUUGGGAACUGGACGGUCUUUGGCGCAAGGUGGACCUGGCGCAGUUCUGAUCUGCUACACCCUUAUUGGAUUCAUUGUCUAUGUGACAUUGCUGCUGCUGGGAGAGAUGGCGACUCAGUAUCCUGUUGCUGGGUCGUUCAAUACGUACGCAACACGCUUCUUCUCCCCGUCGUACGGAUUCGCAUUGUCCUGGAACUACUGGUUCAACGAUGCUGUCUCAGUCGCCGGUGAUCUCGUCGCCGCGCAGCUCGUAUUACAGUUCUGGACGACAUGGAACCUCUGGGUCAUCAGCCUCAUAUUCUGGGCAUUCCUGGUCAGCUUGAACGCGAUACAUGUCAAGGCAUAUGGAGAGCUGGAAUACUGGCUCGCCUCUCUCAAAGUGGCGACGAUCUUGGUUUUCAUCAUCUUGGGCAUUCUUGUAAACGUCGGUGUGAACACGGACCACAAAUACAUCGGCGGUAGCAACUGGCGAAUCGAAGGAGCUCCAUUUCGUGGUGGAUUCGGCGGGUUUGCACGCGUGUUCGUCACUGCCAGCUUUGCUUAUGGUGGUACUGAAAGUCUUGGAGUCACCGCCGGCGAGACGAAGAACCCGUCGAGGAACAUGCCUCGCGUGGUGAAAGCUGUCUUCUGGAGGCGACCAUCUGACACGCGGUUUGAUCGCGUCGAUAGAAUUCUCAUCUUCUACGUUCUGAGUAUUCUCCUCAUUGGACUCAAUGUGCCUUGGGAUUAUCCAAAUCUGUCAAACAAGAGCACCACAACCUCGCCGUUUACUAUCAUCUUCGAGAAAGCUGGAUCCACUGUCGCGGCUUCUUUCAUGAACACUGUCAUUCUGACAUCUGUUCUAUCAGCGGGAAACCAUGCGCUUUUCGCCGGCACUCGGGUACUAUACGGUUUGGCAGCGGUCAAUCAAGCGCCUAAAUUGUUCCUCUGGACGACAAGGGCCGGUGUUCCGCUGCCCUCGCUACUUUUGACAAGUAGCAUUAGUGCGUUAUGCUUCGGGAGUAGUUACGUUGGGAGCGGUCAGCUCUGGGGCUGGCUGCAGAAUCUUGUAGGAGUUUCGAACCAGAUUGCAUGGCUAUCAAUAGGUCUAGCGAGUUGGCGAUUCCGGAAGGCAUGGGUAGCACAAGGUCGGUCUCUGGACGAACUGAAGUUCCGUGCUUCUUGGACAUGGCCUUGGGGUCCAUUCUUUGUCAUCAUCACCGUCACUGCGCUCAUUCUCAUCCAGGGAUGGUCUUCCAUCUUCCCCCAUUUCACUGCUGUCGACUUCGUUUCUUUCUAUAUCGAGAUUCCGAUAAUGCUGACGAUGUAUGUCGUGUGGAUGCUCGUUCGCCGGCCAGGGGCAGUCAAACUCGCGCUGCCUACCGAUACAGCAACGAGGGACAAUGCGCGUCCGUCGGGGCGUUCAGGAGGCUGGUGGCAUAGCGACCUCGUCGAUGUACACACAGUGGACUUGAAGCGCGACGAGCACGAAGAGGGCGAGGAAGACAAGGCUGAUGACGAACAGCGGCAGCGGCGGAUGGAGGGCAAGGCCAAGGCGUUAUGGAGAUGUUAUUAUUGGUUUGCAUAA